GGAAGUAUUCUCCUUAUGUACCAAUAAACGCCUACUUGAGGAUGUCCCUUUAAAGCGCGCCGCGGUGGCUCCUUGACUACCAUAUAGGUGUGGCGUCCGGCAGGUGUAUUUGAUACACAAAUAGUAUGACAAGGACGAAGAGACACGCAAACUGCUACUACCUCCAUGUCCUGCUCUGCAAGCGACACAACAGGAAAAAUAUUUUAGAGCCAGAAGAACCUCACCGAAAGGGUCAGUGAGAGGACAGAGUUAAAAAAAUGAACUGGUUGGCCCUGGAGAAUAUCUUGAGUGGGGUCAACAAGUAUUCUACAGUGAUCGGGCGCAUCUGGCUCUCCGUGGUCUUCAUCUUCCGCAUCCUGGUGUUCGUGGCUGCUGCGGAGGAUGUGUGGAAAGACGAGCACAAGGACUUCGUGUGCAACACGCAGCAGCCGGGAUGCCAUAACGUCUGCUUCGACUACUUCUUCCCGAUGUCGCAGGUGCGCCUGUGGUCCCUGCAGCUGAUCAUGGUGUCCACGCCGUCACUGCUCGUGGUUCUGCACGUCGCUUACCGCGAGUAUCGGGAAAAGAGGCACGGAAAACAGCUUUACAAUGAUAAGGGCAGCAUCGAUGGCGGCUUGCUCUGCACCUACCUCUUAAGCUUGCUUUUCAAGACCGCCUUAGAGGUGGGUUUUCUGGUGGCUUUCUACAAACUGUACAGUGGCUUCGAGGUUCCCAGUCUCCUCCAGUGCAGCACCAGCCCUUGCCCCAACACCGUGGACUGCUAUGUCUCCAGGCCUACUGAGAAAAAGGUGUUCCUCUACAUCAUGACCAGCGUAUCUGUGAUCUGCAUCAUCCUGAACAUCACUGAGAUGAUAUACAUUUUAUCCAGGCAGUGCUGGAAAAGCUUCAGCAAGCGUUACGUCUCAGUCGAUAAAUCCCAGUGCCGCUGUCACCGUCACAGUCGCGAUAAAAUCAGCGUGUUAUCGAAGCCCCUAACAUCCAUCAAACUGAUUAGACCUUCAUCUGCUGGUCCCUAGUUGCCCUAAGGAAUUCAUUAGAUACCUUGGCUGCAGUCUGCCUUUCGCAUAUAUGUAUCACCUGACGUCAGAGAUAAUUUAGUUUCGCUCUUCACUGGUUUGUUAAGUACAGUUGUAUUUUUGUCUGUCGUGAAAUGUCUGUUUACGGGAACAUAAUUCCUUAUAGGCUGGGCCAGUUUUAAGAGCUCAGAUUACCUUUGCCAGUUUCCAAACUGAAUAAAAAGGGUUUCCUAAGCUA